AGCACAGAAUGAAGAUAACAUGAAGAUAAAAUGGCGACUGAAGAGCUGACAUCCCUGAAGUUUGUAGCUCCGAAAAGAAAAGAAGUAAACCCAGAUGAGCUAACAAUCGUCCAGGCUACCCAGAAUGGAGUACUAAACAGGGUAAAACACCUGAUAGAGGUAGAAGAGUAUGAUCCCAAUGAGCCUGACUCUCAGGAGGUACCAUUACUUCACUGGGCUGCUAUCAACAAUAGAAUAGAGAUCGCUAAGUAUUUGAUUGACCGUGGAUCUCGCGUAUCUGCUAUCGGUGGAGUACUGAAAGAAAACGCUGUACAUUGGGCAACGAGACAAGGUCACAUGUCCAUGAUAGUCCUGCUGAUAAGGUCAGGAGGGGACUACAGACUACACAACAGAGACGGUUAUACUCCCCUCCACAUUGCCGCCCAGUUCCAGAUGACCAGUAUUUGUGCGUAUUAUCUUGCUCUGGGAAUUGAUUGUGACGUGACAAAUAACGCGGGUAAGACACCCCUGAUGGUGGCUAUCACUAAACUUAACGUUACAGACCCCAGUAGACUGCUGGUCAACAUGGGAGCUUCUCUGUCCAAAUCAGAUGCAGAUGGGAACACUGCGUUACAUUUGGCAGCGAUCCAACACAAUACAUGUGUAACGAACCAGCUGUUAGAUGGUGGAGCUGAUUUACACGCGUUUAACAAUGAUGGAGACACUCCGCUUCAGAUAGCAGAACGCAACCAAGACAAUUGCAUCCUCCGACUAAUGAAAGAGCGAGCAAAGCACAAUAAAACCCACGAGCUGCUUACUAAGAAACUGCCCCCAGUCGCUCUGACCGCCUACCCUGCUAUUGGGAUUGGUCUUAUCGGAUAUAUCAUAACAUGUGACCUUCCUUAUCUGCUACCAGUCGUUUAUAUUGCUAUGAUCAUCCUGAUCCAGAUAUUGCUACUGAAAGUUUGUCUAACAAAGCACGCAGACAACCCCCUACCUCUGGGGAUAUAUUUCGGGCUCCUCUUCUGGAACUACGUUACCCUCUACUACCAACUGUCUGAGUAUUACUUCGACAUAUUUUCUGGGUUAUUCUUUCUGGUGGUCGCCUUUAUUCACAUCAGGAGUUUUAUAAGGGUGUGGUCAGGUGACCCGGGUUACCUUGGAAAGGAUUUUGAUAAGAAAAGACGUGAGAUUCUCUCAAUGGCUGAGUCAGGAACGUUUGAAUUGUCCCGGUUCUGUACGACGUGUGUGGUAAAGCGGCCGGUCCGCAGCAAACACUGUGCUGUUUGUGACAAGUGUGUUGCUAGGUUCGAUCAUCACUGUCCUUUUGUGGGUAACUGUAUAGGACUACGUAAUCACAAGUGGUUUAUCCUAUAUCUGAUAACGAUAUGUAUUCAGAUCCUCAUCUUUAUUCUCGCCGCCUACAACUUUUACUCGGAGACAUGUUACGUGACCCAGGACAGUUGGGCGGGUGCCAUGUGGGUGAUGGUGUCGUGUAGUCCCUGGUUAACCUACCUCACCUCCUUCGCUCUUCUCGUUCUUUUCUGGGUCACGUGCCUCCUCAUCAUGCAGCUCAAUCAGGUGAGAUGUGACGUCAUUAUUGGUCAUGACGUCAUUAUUGGUCGUGACGUCAUCAUGCAGCUCAAUCAGAUAAUCCUGAUGGGUGUAACUACAAACGAGUUUUACAACGUGGCCCGAUACAACUACCUGCAAAGUGAUUGUGUGGGAAGUGACCAGAUAUCCUCACCAUUCACGUUUGGAUGGAAGCAGAACUUCUCUAAUUUCAUCGAGUACCAACUCCCGGGACUACCACCACCACAUCGUCACGACUGGAUGACAAUCUACUCUUGGAGCGGGUCUAACCCUCCCCCUCCCGCCACCCUCAAAACUGCUGCCAGUUCUGUUUCCAAGUUAAAGCGAUCAAACAGUCUUAGUAAUAUCGUGUGACGCACUGACAGGUGGAUAACCGUGACGUCGUCACAUAUUAUGUUGGUGACGUCAUAACAUUUGUUGGUGACGUCAUCACAUAUGUUGGUGACGUCAUCACAUAUGUUGGUGACGUCAUCACAUAUGUUGGUGACGUCAUCACAUAUGUUGGUGAAUUGGUGAUGUCAUCAGGAAUUAUUUAAUAUCCAACCUGAACAAUCAUGCAGAGAUGAAAGGAUCUCUCGUGACUGAUCGUGAGCAAUAUCCGUUAAGGCAUGUGCCUGAUUUGACAUUUAUGUUUGUUUUGUACUUUGAGUUUUUUCCGUAUAUUUAUCAGAAUGGUGGGAGUGGUGUCAAGCCAAGAAUGUUAUUGGAAUGUUUGAUCGAUUUCUCGUUAAGUUUUAAAGCAGAUUUAAACUUAAUGGAGCUUAAAUACUUUAAAUACAAUGUAUGCUACCAUUAUUAGUAAUAAUAUAUAGUUUGUUAAAAGUUUGUUAUUCACACCUCGAACUUGUAGUGAGGCAUGUUGAUCGGAACGGCAGAAAAUUUUGUCUUGUUCCUGCACUUUAAGUAAGAGCAACAGUUUAGUAGCAACAGUUUAGUAGCUGAACCGGUUGAAGCACGUGUACAGCUUCUUUUAUUAUCAUGACAAGGCGACUCUAAAGCUCUAAGUUAAUCACCCUCGUGUGCCCUUAAUUUAAUUAAUAACCCUGUCCGUUUGCCUCCUGCGACUGACUCUGAAUUCAAAAUUGCCCAGCUUUGUGAGUCUAGUCUAUGGCUCGCUUUCACUUUCAGUUUUCUCCAUUGUGAGAGAAAAUUAAAACGAACGCGCGCAGAGUGCAUGACGCACUUGUAUUGGUAAAUAUUCAUAACACUGUUACAGUAUGGAACAAACCAAAUUUUUCUAUUAAAUAUAUAUAUUUUUUAUCCGUUAAAUUCGAAAUCUUGUUGCAUUUUCCAUUGAUUUCAAUGCAGUUGGUGAGAUUGUGGGUUUGGAUUUUCAGGGAAGUAAAAAAUAAAACAAUAACAUAAACACAGCAGACAUAUCGUCGAGUAUUAUUUUCAAUUGUAUUUAUGAUGAUGUAAGGGGUC